GCUGGUGGAAUGGCGAAAGGCCGCCAACCCUGGCCGGUGCACCGAGCAAGAAUUAUUGACGUGGCAAAAUUUGAAAAAACUCUCCAAAUUAAACUGCGUGGGAUCGAGAUGGAGAAAGAAGUCACACAGCAAACAAAACGUCCUCACAUCCCAAACUCAAAGUACCGUGAUCAGGGGCAGACUGAGAAGGCUUCAAAGAAAAGGGUUGACAAUAAAAAGAGAUGUCCUUCUAAAUACAACCACGAGGAGGAGGAGGAGAAGGAGGAGGAGGAGGAUGAGGCGCGUCAUGACAGGCCUUCAAAGAACAAGCGGGCCAGCGAAGAGGAGGAGCGUAUUGGGGAUGAAGAGGACAUAGUACCACCCUCUAAGAAAAAGACAGCUGCUGAAUUUAGAAAACACCUGGAUGAACAGAUGUGGGAGAGAAGGAAACUUGACCAAAUGCAAAGAAAUUUGCAGGAGUUGAGAAAUGAAGUCCAUUCUCUUAAAAAUGAAAAUGCACGUCUGAAAGACAUUAUCAUCAAUCAAAUCCCUCAAAUGAAAAGUGACAUCGCCAUUAUUGCUCAAAAGAAGACUGGAAGGACUCCUGUGGAGGAUCUAGAUUCCUCCUUCUCGACUUUUGGAGAAAUGCAACCGACUCCAGAGAGGAGACAGAGCCCAGAGGACACCGAGCCCAGAGGACACCGAGCCCUUUAAAGAGAGUCCCAUGGUGACUGAGCGCUUUCGAGAGACACCACAGACUGCAGCAACAGCUGAGACCUCAGCGAAAA